AAGAUCCUAACAAUAAAAGUCAUAAAAAACAAGUUAGUCAUUUCUCUUUUAUUGACAUGAACUAGAACAUUGUAUCAAGUUUUGCUAGCAUAACUACAACGUGCAGCAGCUUUGUUCAAUCCACAACUUAUUCAAAUAAUUCAAGAACUCAACAAUGAAAUUGGUUCAAAUGUAUUCAUGGGAGCCAACACAAGGCAAAUGGCCCUUGACUUCGUCAAUAAUCCUCAAGCAUAUGGAUUUGUUACAUCACAGAUAGCAUGUUGUGGUCAAGGACCCUACAAUGGACUUGGGCUAUGCACACCACUGUCUAAUUUAUGCCCUAACCGUGACGAAUAUGCAUUUUGGGAUGCAUUUCAUCCAUCUGAAAAGGCUAACAGCUUGAUUGUUCAACAGAUUUUAUCAGGCACAAUAGAUUAUAUGUAUCCAAUGAAUCUCAGCACUGUUUUAGCCUUGGAUUCUAAAAACACAUAGCAAGCUUUGAUUUUAAUAUUGCUGCAAGUUUUUUCUAUCUUUGAAAAAGUUGAUCUGCUUGUUAAUUUGUGAUUUAUAUGUAUAAGUUGGAUUGGAGCUUUAAAAGUUACAACUCCCUAAAUAGUACUCGAUGUCUUAGUAGUGGAUGGAUGAGGG